CGUCCGCCUGGUUCCCUCCCUCCCUUCUUUCAAAAGAAAUCAGAAACGCCUUCUAUCAUCACACUGCCACCAUCUGCCGUCAUAGUCACUCGCAAUCUGUCCACAGCCUUGCUUGUGUUGCAAGCUAUCUAUUAUCUCGUGUACAUCUAUCUGAUCAAUAUUGUUGUUGACAGCCCUCUGAAGAACCACACCACCAUGUCGCAGCCUCAUCCUGUCCUCAUCAACCUUCCACAACCCUCUUCCAACCCCGACACCCCCUCAGAGAUCCCUGGCACCCCCACAUCGACAACAACCUCCCUCUCUGCCCUGUCCACAACUGCCAUCAAAGAUGGCCAUCGCGGCCAUGCUCUCCCCACUAUGGGCAACCGAAGUGGCCACCAACAACAUGCCUCCCAGAACAGCCUCGAUGCAGAGCGCGCCGAUCGCAUCUCGCGCCUCGCCGGUCUAUCCUCCGUCUCGCAGCUGCGCUCUCCUCCCAACGCCGGCUCGCAGGCUGCUGCCAACAUCAACAACAACCAACAGACCACUCCCACCUCUGCUGGUUUCCCACAAAAUGCUGCCCAGGCUGUCGCGCCCCACAUCCUAGGCGUCCCUGCAUACUUUGACUCCAAUGGGCAACCCGUCGCGGUGACUAAGAUGUCUACCAGCGGCACGGCCUCGGCUACUGAGAGCCAUGGUGUGGAAGGAGAAGGCUCGCUAACAAAGUGGCUGUAUCACCAGGAUAUCGACAUGAUGAGCACGGCUACCGACUUCGGCCGCGAGACGGAGGUCGACUCCACCAGCGGCUAUGUCGGCACUGCCCACACCGAGCAGACAGAUAUGGACGUCGACGAGGACAACAUGACGAAUCGCAGCAUGGGCCAGUUUGAGCAGGACGAUAAUAUGAGCGACGAUGGCUCCGCCAGCCUGGUCGGCUUCGGCGAGGGCGCGAACUCUACAAUCUCCGGUCCCAUUUAUGUCCGCCGCCCUCUGCCGGGAGGCAUGGAGAGACGAAGUUCCGGUUUCAGCGACGGCGCCGCUGUGGCUUCCCGACGAGAACGCACAGAACGUGAGGAUACUGCCGCGGUCGUCGAACGGCGAGACGCGCGUAUAAUCGACGGUGUGUCCUCGGAUGGUGCGCACGGCGCUCACGUCGCCGCAGACGACGAGGCUUUUGUCGACACGACCAACAGCGGGCCGGUGCCGGUGACUGGUUCUUUCCAGCCCGGAAUCAACAAGCGGGUCAUGAGGGAGCGCGGCCUGGAGUAUGGCCAACGCCCUGGCGGUUCUCCUCUGGCGAGCCCCAGCAAAAGGCUGGCCUUUGAGGAUCAGAAGUGAUGAUGAAUGGGUGUCCGGCUGGAAUACAGACGCUAUCGUCUAUUUCCUCAGACGUGCCACACAAUGAUCUCGGAGCGUCCAUACCAAACCAUAUAUUCUUAGAUUCUGC